AUGCGAGCGGACGACGUCGGUGACGUCAUCACCACCGAAGACGACCGGGCAUGCGACCGCCUGCACUGCACCGGCUGCGACCUGAAAGUGCUGACGUUCGACGACAUGCGAUGGGACUUCGGAACGGACUAUCUCUUCCUCAGGAACAACUACCCCGCCGUGGGUGGGAAGCUCGUGCCUAGCUCCGGGUCUCGCGCUUACGGGUGCCAGUGCUCCCACAGGAGCGUCAGGGGCCUCCAGGCCCAAAAAGAGAAGUCCCUCAAGUGGGUCUGUGGGAUGCACUGA